AUGCUAGUCCACCUUUUUUUCGAAGACCUUAUGUGUGAAUUGACGCAUCUCGCCGUUUUCUUUUCGGCAUUUCCUUGGUUUUUGGCCAGAUUUGGUCUUUUUUUCGCUUGGAAAAAAAUUGCUUCGUCUUUUGGCUUUCUUUGGCGUGUAGUAACUGGUCUUCGACCCAACUGUCGCUCUCCGCCAGAGGCUAUUGGGGAGUUGUACUUCUGUACUGGUCGGGGUUUUUACCCCAUCUCCUUGCGAGAUCAAGUCCCCAUUUCGCCCUUGCCUGAUGUUUCUUCCUGUUCUUCUGCUGGUGCUUCUGCUUCCGCUCCUGCUUGCUUUCCCCCCGCUGUCUUGUCUCCUGUUCGUGAGGUUCCACGCCUGGAAUUUUCCUUUGCGUCUCGCCCACCGACAAUUGUAAAAGGCGAAAGUAAUUGUUAUUUUCUGGACUGUGCCUUUGCUCGUGGUUUGCCUUGUGUUGGUGGUGGUUUGGUGCCUUCUUUUCCUCCCUUCCCCCAAUACCAUCCUUCCGUUCCUCUCUUUGCCUUUGUCGGCGAAGUGAUUAGUCAGUCUUGGCUGGCUGAAAACGCUUCCUGUCUUGGUUCGGAGGCUUUGCCUGCUCCUUCUCUUGCUGGUUGUUUGGCUUUUGCCACGUCGUCCUCGUUUGUUUCUUGCUCCGGAGACACAUCGUCCGAUUGUGGCACGUUGUCACGUGUUGUCUCUUUGUCGUAUCAAAUGAACCACAGAUCUUAA